UUUAGUAGAGGCUUUUCCACUCAGCAAUUCUGUAGCUUGAUUGUUUGUGGUCAUCAUGGAGGAUGAAACAAUUGCAGUUUGUCUCCACAUUUACGACAUGACAAGAGGAAUGGCUCAACUUAUGUCUGCUGCUAUAUUGGGAAAACAAAUUGAUGGAAUUUGGCACACUGGAGUUGUUGUCUACGGUCGAGAAUAUUUUUUUGGGGGUCAAGGCAUUGCCAGUUGCUUACCAGGCGAGACCAUCCUAGGCCAACCUAACCAAAUACAUCCCCUCGGAGUCACUCAAAUACCCUUCGCCAUCUUCGUUGACUACGUUCAAGGCUUGGCCGAUUCCACAUUUAGGCCUGAUGCGUAUCAUCUAUUGCGACAUAAUUGCAAUAAUUUCUCCAACGAACUUGCUCAAUUUCUGUGCGGAAACUCCAUCCCGCAACACAUUCUCGAUUUGCCAACGGAAGUCCUUAGCACUCCGUUUGGGCAGAGUCUGCAGCCGCUCUUGAACAGUCUGAGUGCAUCGAGCAGCCAGGGCGGGAUACCGGUAUUGCCGUUGGAUUUAGACGGAGGUCGACGAAGCGUCAACCGUGCACCCUCACCGGGAGCCGUUGCAUUAGAGAGGGCGAUUGAAGACGCCCGACGCGACUCGCUCAAACUCGAAGAACGUCGAAACACCAUCUUGGAAAAAGUAGAAAAGUUGGAGAAAAAAAAGGCUAAGAAACAGCUACAACAAGAGCGACAGUCCAGUUCGUCAACCUCUGCGUCUGAAAAGAAAAUGGCCGACGCAUCCGAAGCAAAUACCGCCCGAGAAGGAUCGGAAGAAGAGAACUCGAAGGCACCAAGGGAACCGCCCAUCGUUUUCAAAGACUUGAUUGACAUAAGAAAAGAGUAUGAAAGCUUGGCGGAAUGCAUCGCUAAAGUAGGCCAAGAUGACGAUCAUCAGUCAAUGGCAGAAUUGAAGCAAUACGUCAUCGACGACGAAGGCUCGUGGGCGUUAGGAGACAACUUUCUCCUUUUUAUUGCCAAAUGGCUCAAUGACGAUAAGCCUUGCAAUGACCGACUACGUGUCCAGUUGCUCACGGUUCUUGCUUCCGCUGCCUUGAAAGACGACGUUAUUUUGAUACUUCAUCAAGAUCGACGUGAUCACGUUCUCAUGAACUAUGCUCACAAUAUUGACCGUUUACCUAUGUCAGAACAGGAAGCCCUUGCACUGUUUAUGUGCAACUUGUUUGAAAAUGGUUCUAGCUCAGAAUGGCUUUUGUACAUAUCUGAAUGGACAGCUCCGCACACCACGUUGCCGUUGAGUAACAUACGUGUCACAACAAAAGUGGCCGUAACCGCCUUGCUGUCUGAUAACCCUCUCCUUCAAGACAGGGGCAGUGCAAUAAUCUAUAACCUGGCCAUCAAGGAGAAAAUGGAACGCACUCGUGACUUUGCUGAAUUGAUGCCCCGUGGUGCUCUUUCGAAGGUUUUCGAUGACGUAGCCACUGAGUUAGCGAUGGCCAUUUUACAAUUCUUUAGUACUGAACAUGGCGAAGAACACAUCUUUCGUUGUAUGAAAGGCUUACUCCGGUUUGCCUAUAUUGCUCAUAGUGAAGUGCCUGCUCUGAUCAAAAUGAUAGGACCCGAUCCCACUCAGUUCAAAGGAAUGUCAGCUCGAAUUGAUGAGCUUGUCGAACCACUGCUGGACCGCCUUCGUUCUGUACGUGGCAUGGAUUAACUCCAUCCUCUGACGCAACAUUUACGAUUUCUCAUAAUUUUUUAACAAACAUUUCUGCAGCUAACUAAUAACUGAGCCAACCAGAAGUGUUAAAAUAAUGUCUAAUAAAAUAUUUAAAAGAA